AUUGGCGGAGAGAGGCUGAGCACUGUGAAAGACACCGGUCGAGGAAGUAGCACGUUAAGAAAGAGGACGUUGAUUUGAAAUCAGCAUAAACUUUGGAAUUAUUGCAUUUAUCGAAAUGGCUAGUUAAGAUUUGCUUAUAGUUAGAAUGUAGUCGUGGCGUAUACAUCUCUUAAAUAAGUAAUUUACUGUAGCAUAGUGGCUGUACAGUUUGAAGUAUUCCUCUCUGUAAUAGGGAUUUAAAGCACUGCGAAUUUACAGGUGCACUAUUUUAUUUAUUUGACAAUAUUUAAAGAUGAGUUUUGUGAGACACUUAGUGUACAGUAGGUGGUUGUUUCACCACACUAAACCACUAAGUGUGAACACAUCAAUACUGUUCAGUACUACCAGAAGCAGCAUGACUAUUAUGCCUGCCUGGGUUAUUGAUAAAUAUGGAAGCAAUGAUGUGUUUCGGUUUACUAAAAAUGCCAGUUUCCCCGUCAUCAACUACCCCAAUGAGGUCAUUGUCAAAGUGCAGGCAGCAGGACUGAACCCAUUAGAUGUCAACAUGAGAGGUGGCUAUGGUGCUGCAACAAUGUCUAUGAAGAGAGACCCUCUGAAUAUCAAGCAGUCAGGCAGCGAGUUCCCUCUCAUCCUGGGAAGGGAUGUGUCUGGGGUCAUCAUGGAGUGCGGCCUGGAUGUGAAGUACUUCAGAGAAAGGGAUGAGGUGUGGGCAGCUAUCCCGCCAUGGAAGCAGGGCAGCUUGGCUGAGUUUGUGGUGCUGAGUGCCAAUGAGGUAUCCCACAAGCCAAAGUCACUAAGCCACACAGAGGCAGCAGCUAUGCCCUAUGUGGCAACCACUGCCUGGUCGGCACUGGUCAACACCGGGGGGGUCAGUAAGGACAACUGUGCCAAGAAGCGGAUUUUGAUCCUUGGGGGAUCCGGGGGAGUGGGAACAUUUGCUAUACAGAUGCUGAAGGCUUGGGGAGCCCAUGUGACUGUUACCUGCUCCCAGAAUGCAGAGCGGUUUGUAAGGGGCCUGGGAGCAGACCACGUGGUGGACUACACUGCUGGACCUGUUGAGGAGCCGCUCAGCGCUUUGGAGAAAUUUGACCUGAUCCUAGAUAAUAUUGGGGGGGACACGGAGCGUUGGGCGCUGAAUCUGCUUAAGCCUUGGUGUGGCGCCAAGUAUGUCACCCUCGUAACACCGUUCCUCCAGAACACUGACAGGCUUGGCAUUGCUGAUGGCAUGAUGCAGACUGCUGCCACAGUGGCCACCAAAGCCCUCAAGCACCUAGUCAAAGGAGUUCACUACCGCUGGGGAUUCUUUGCACCUAGUGGUCCUGCACUGGAUGAAAUAAGGGAAUUAGUGGAUGCAGGAAAGAUUCGGCCAGUGGUGGAGGAGACGUUCAGCUUCUCCCAGGUUCCUCAGGCCUUCGAGAAAAUGGAGAAAGGGCACGCUCGUGGAAAGACCGUGGUCCAGAUCAGCAAAGGGGGAGAUGACUUAUAGCACUGACUCUUGGAGACUUUUUCUGCACAAUCCUGAAACAAACUGAAUUAAAGGCAUUGAAAUGCAAGGUUAGGUUAGCUUAUUGUAUCCGCAGAUGCAAACAAGGUACAAGAACAAGGCUAUUGCUUCUUGUUUCUGGGGGCUUUGAAGCUACAAACGUGUAUGUAGCAUUAUAGCUGCUGGUUUAUGCUUUAAAAUGUAUUUUUAUACUCUCAAUUCAAUUAAAGAGCGCUUAGUUAUG